AUGUUUCCUGAGAGGGACGCUUCAAAGGGAUAUCCAGGUGUUGAUAAGCAGGGUGAGAAAGGUGCCCCAGGACAAAAGGGGAUUAAAGGAGAAAAAGGAAAGCCAGGAGGUUUAAGUGAAGUCGGAACACUUAACUCAACUGUUAUACCUGGACCCAAAGGGCCAAAAGGAGAAAAGGGCAACACUGGUAGCCCUGGACAAAAAGGAGCACCCGGAUCUGAUGCUGGCGACGGUCUCCAAGGAGAGGUUGGACCCAAAGGAGAACCCGGUCAAAGGGGUGAACAGGGAGAUGAUGGUGAGAAAGGUGACAGGGGAGUUAAUGGACCUAAGGGAGAGACAGGCUCACAGGGUGACCAGGGCUCUCCUGGUGAUAUAGGACCAACUGGACCACCUGGACCACAGGGAGACCCAGGGGAAAAAGGCCAAACGGGUGAAACAGGUCCAGAGGGAGUUGGACCACCAGGUCCUGAUGGAGCUAAAGGGGCCCAAGGCCCUCCCGGCUUACCUGGCCUUAAAGGAUUCAAAGGAGCAACUGGAAAUCCAGGCCGUGCUGGUGACCCAGGCCCCCCUGGACCAGAAGGCUCCACUGGAGAUGUUGGCCCUAUUGGGCCCCCAGGAAAAACUGGAAAUCCAGGUGAGGCCGGAAUGAAAGGCCCACCAGGUCAACAGGGACCCAUUGGACCACCUGGCCCACCAGGAAAGAAAGGGAGCCGUGGAGUCUCUGUUCAAGGUCCCCCUGGUAUAGACGGAAGUCCUGGAUUGCGCGGAGAGGCUGGUCAAAAGGGUGAAAAUGGAUUCCCUGGACCACCAGGGGAGAGCACAAAUGGACCACCAGGCCCUAAAGGUGACCAAGGACAAAGUGGCCCACCGGGAGAUGCUGGACCUAAGGGAACCCAAGGAGAAAACGGUGAAGAGUGCGGUGAUUGUCCACCACCCCCUAGAGGACCCUCAGGGGACCCUGGCUCUGUUGGUGAUCCUGGUGAAGAUGGAGCUGUUGGACCGCCUGGUGCGACUGGGCCGGAAGGUGAUCCUGGUGCUCCAGGAAGUGAUGGAUCAAAUGGAGAUCCUGGAGACCCGGGUAUCCAGGGCGAGCCUGGAGAUAUAGGCCCUCCAGGCCCUAAAGGUGAAAACGGACAAGUCUUCCGCGUUGUAGGUGCUAAAGGUGAGAAAGGUGAACUAGGUCCUGAGGGAUUUCCAGGAGAGCAAGGUGCUGACGGAAAACAAGGAGAUCCCGGGGAUUAUGGCCCUCCUGGACAAAGAGGCCCCCCAGGAAACAAGGGUGAACCAGGCAAUGAUGGAGAGAAUGGAAUCCCUGGGCCAAAAGGUGAUAAAGGUGACAAUGGCAUGAAAGGAGAACCUGGGCAAGUUAUAGUAGGACCCCCUGGGAUAGAUGGAGUGGACGGAAAGAAAGGAGAACAAGGCCAGCCUGGUACUGAUGGAGCAAAAGGAGAAAAAGGUGAUUCUUGCGCAUUUGCAGGACAACUUAAAAAUAUGACAAAGGGCAACAAGGGAGAACCUGGAGACCGUGGGGAAAAUGGUCAGCAGGGAGAACCUGGACCCAGAGGCAUGAAGGGCAGUAAUGGAACAGCAGGAAAUCCAGGGGAGAAGGGUGACAGAGGCGAGGGGAGCCGUGGCCCCCCUGGACCUCCUGGUCAACAAGGAGAGACUGGAGGAGAUGGACCUAAAGGUGACAAAGGAAAAGCAGGCGACACAGGUGUGACAGGCCCUCCAGGCCCUCAAGGCUCUGAUGGCUCCAAAGGUGAAAAAGGCCCGGUUGGAGCAGUUGGUCAACCUGGAAUACCUGGAACUCCUGGAAAAAAUGGUCCCCCAGGGGACCCUGGCGACAAAGGCGACCGUGGCCAACAAGGUUUACCUGGUGCACCGGGCACGAAAGGAAGUACUGGCCCGAUUGGCCGGCCAGGUGAUACAGGCCAGCGAGGUCCACCAGGGUUACCAGGAGAUGUGGGAAUGAAGGGUAGAGCUGUUAUUGGCCCUCAAGGGCCACCUGGCAAGACUGGUCCCCAAGGUCAGCCUGGGCAGAAGGGUGAGCCCGGCGCACCUGGCAGAGAUGGAGAUCCUGGAAGAGAUGGCGAUGUGGGAAGUCCUGGCGAGAAAGGAGCAACAGGUCCACAAGGUCCACCCGGUGUAGAGGGUCCAGAAGGCAGUAAAGGAGAAGUUGGUGAGCCAGGUGAUAUUGGUGAACCUGGACUUCCGGGUAUCCCUGGGCGCCGCGGUGAGAAAGGUUCUCAGGGUGAUGAUGGACCUGCUGGACAGCCAGGCCCCAAGGGCGAGCCAGGUGUUGAAGGUGAAGUUGGCCCACCAGGCAGACAGGGCUUCCCAGGAAUUAAGGGUGACCGUGGUAUGACAGGUGAAACUGGCCCACCAGGAAAAUCAAAUGCCACAGUCAUACCAGGACCUAAAGGAGACAAAGGCAAUCCAGGUCCUGCUGGCCCACCGGGAAUUAAUGGUGUGGAUGGAAAUCCAGGAGCAGCAGGAGAAGUUGGUCUCCCUGGGGAACCUGGUCCCAGGGGGGAGCCUGGAACUCCCGGUGUACAAGGUCCACCUGGUGAAGAAGGAGAGAAAGGUAGCAAAGGGACACCUGGAAUACAGGGGCCAGAGGGACCUGAAGGUUUCAAGGGCCAGAAAGGUAUUCAGGGGCCUCCUGGAGAACAGGGGCUUCGUGGUGAUCCAGGAGAACGUGGAAAAGAAGGGAUCAAGGGUGAUGCUGGAAAUCCUGGGAUUGGCGUGCCUGGUGAACGUGGGGAUGCUGGUGAACCUGGAAGAGAAGGAGAACCAGGAAAAGAUGGAGAAAAGGGAGAAAAAGGAGCAGCUGGAGAACCGGGACCUCCAGGACCCUUCGGGCCACCAGGAGAUGCAGGUGCCCAAGGGGAUAAAGGAGACAAGGGAACAACAGGUGAAACCACAGUUGUCGAAGGGCAAAAGGGUGAACCUGGUGUGAACGGCACCAAUGGUCUGGAUGGGGUUGAUGGAGAAAAGGGCCAGAGAGGUCCCCCCGGACCUUCGGGAGAUGUUGGACCUGCAGGAGCCAAAGGUGAGCAAGGAGAUCCUGGCGAAGCUGGUAGCAUUGGCUUCCCUGGUGAGAUGGGUCCUCCCGGAGUCCCUGGGGCUCCGGGAGAGAAAGGAGACAAUGGUUCAGCUGGCCAGCCUGGAGUUCCAGGGGAUCCAGGUGUUGAAGGCUUUCCAGGCGACCCAGGUGAACAGGGUGAUGUUGGACCUCCUGGUGAAACUGGAGCUGACGGAGAACCGGGAUUGAGAGGACAACAGGGAGCUCCAGGGCCUGAGGGAAGUCCUGGUUCGCCUGGAUCAGAUGGCCAGCCUGGAGAAAAAGGUGAACCUGGUCCUCUGGGUGAGGAAGGGGUUAAGGGAGACCCAGGGUCAGUUGGACCAAGUGGAUCACCCGGGCCUAAAGGAGAACCUGGCGAGAUAGGGCUACCUGGGGACACUGGCAACCCUGGAGAACAGGGGGAGGAAGGUGCUGCUGGACCUCCCGGACUAAAGGGAGAUGAAGGAUUCCCUGGGGUUCCUGGGCUGCAAGGUGAGCCUGGAGCAAAUGGCCCGCAAGGAGAGAAAGGAGAUCCCGGACUCGGAAUGGGUUCUCCUGGGGAGAAAGGCGAUCCUGGUGAGGACGGUAUUCCAGGAAUUGAAGGCCAGAAGGGUAACAUUGGACCUGUGGGACCUCCCGGACCCGAGGGGCCAAGAGGGGAUCCUGGGGAUAGAGGAAUUGAUGGAGUAGAAGGACCAAAAGGUGACAAGGGCGCAGAUGGAAUUUUAGGUCUGCCUGGACCCCCCGGUGAACCAGGACUUCCAGGUCCUCCGGGAGAGGCCGGUCAACCCGGACCCCCCGGUGAAGCAGAUUUCGGCUUCUAUGUUGUACGACACAGCCAAACGGCGGAACUGCCACAAUGCCCGGACGAUACGGUGUCACUUUGGGAAGGGUACAGCUUGCUUUACGUCCAGGGUAACGAACGCGCACAUGGGCAAGACCUCGGCCAACCAGGCUCUUGUCUGCCAAAAUUCAGCACCAUGCCCUUCCUGUUUUGUAACCUGAACCAAAACUGCAACCUGGCCUCUCGGAAUGACUACACUUUCUGGUUGUCAACCACGGAACCUAUCCCCAUGAUGCCUGUGGCAGAUCAGGACGUGAAGCCCUUUAUUAGUCGCUGCCGGGUGUGUGAGGCACCCGCUAUGGUCAUGGCACUUCACAGUCAAAGCAUGAUUGAGCCAGACUGUCCAGAACAAUGGAAACCUCUGUGGAGAGGUUACAGCUUUCUAAUGCACACAAGCGCUGGUAACGAUGGGGCAGGCCAGCUUCUUUCAUCCCCAGGCUCCUGUUUGGAGGAUUUCCGUACCAGCCCCUUCAUAGAAUGCCACGGUCGCGGCACGUGCCACUAUUAUGGGAGCACGUACAGUUUCUGGCUAACAAUUGUCAAAAAUGAGGACCAGUUCCGAACGCCAACAUCCCAAACUAUAAAAUCAGGAAACCAGCGUGAGCAUGUUAGUCGCUGUACUGUCUGCAUGAAAAACGUCUAUAACAACAAUGGUAACGGAAAUGGUAAUGGAAAUGGAGGAGAUCCCAUCACAGACAUUGGCGAUCUGCCAAACUAAUUUAGCAGUGUCUUAACGUAGUAAGGAUAGUUAUUUAGUCUCAAGAUCGAAGCCUGUUUCUUUAUUUCGUUAAGACUUAGUUGCUGGUUAAAGCCCAUGUACAAUGUUUUGACAUCAAAAAAUGAGUGACUUCCAGUACAUAAAAGAUCAAGUAUAAUUUUUUCCUUCUGAAUUUGUUCACGUUCUGUGUGAGCCACGAUGAUGGAAGAGUGUAAUGCUGCUGUUUAACAACUUUUUUUUUUCUCACUGAACUGCCAAGAGAUUCCAGAAAAGAGCUAUUAAUUGAAUCUACCGGCCAGGCAGUUUUAGUAGAGUAAACAUAUUUUUUUAAGUAAUAGAGAUACAUUUCCGAACAGAUCACUGUUACAAUUUUUUGAAAUACUCAUGUUGGAUUGUAUCAAAUUGUGAUUUCUUGUUCUGACUGACUAACACAGUAUAUAUGCCAAGAUGGAAGGACAAAGAAAUCUGGAACUGCAGAAUCAUCGGGAAAGAAAACAAAAUGAAGAGAAAUUUGUUCAAUUCCCGACGUUGGUUUCAGCUGUUACCUGCAAUCACAAAAACUAUAACUUUUCUUGUUGGGGUCACGUUUGUGCAAGUUGACUGGGCUCUAUUUAUCGUCUUGGAGGGUUGCUAAGUGACAUGUAGCACGCUAGUAUUGAACCUCUUGAAUUGCUCGCACAGCUUAAAAAGAUCAAGACUCAAAAGACUCGGAUAGUCUUCAGGUUCCUUAAAUGAGGAUUCUUUUAACCUGACUACUUCAUCCCAUUACUUUUAGUGAUAAAAGGAAAGCCUCUUCCUUUUCUGCUAAACAGCUGAGUGAUAUCAAAAAAAAA